UGGGAUAAAAGAGUUUAGCAUACAUAAAUCAACUGAACAGACACAAGCGUGUACAGAAACACUUAAGAAGUUGUUACUGUGCGCACUGCGCAGUUGAAAUAAAGCUUCCCUAGUUUGAAUCUGCUGACUUCCGGGUUUGAUCGAGCACUUGUCAGUGUGUUUACUGUCAUAAGUCUGAUUAAAUUUCACUUUCUGUCGCGUGCUGCUGUAUUUUCAGAGCGGAUUUUAGUUCAGAUGUGUGUUCGGGGUCAGCUGAGUCUGAACUGAGGAAUAUGAGCUGAAAUGCCGUCCCUGUCUACUGGAGUGAAGGAACUUUAUCUGUCUACAUCACUGGGGGAACUGAACAAGAAGGCAGAAAUCAAACCAGAUAAAACCAACACCAGACACUAUGUUCAGAGUGCAUGUAAGAUCUUCAAGGCGGCUGAGGAGUGUCGUCUUGAUCGAGAUGAGGAGAAAGCUUAUGUCCUGUAUAUGAAGUAUCUGACCGUGUAUGACCUUAUCAAGAAAAGGCCGGACUUCAAACAGCAGCAGGAUUUCUAUCUGUCUAUGCUCGGACCAACCAGCUUUAAGAAGGCCAUCGAAGAAGCAGAGAAACUUGCAGCUAGUUUAAAACUGCGGUAUGAAGAAAUGGAAGUGCGGAAAAAGCUGGAAGAAAAAGAGAGAAAAGAGGAAAAGAGUCAACGAGAAGACAGGACAAAGAAAGAUGGACGUGAUUCGGUCAGAGGAACAUCAGAUAAGGACACUCAGAAGGUUCAACAAGACCUUAAUAACAAGAAGACUGGAUCUGCAAAAGCAGCAGGCAGCAUCAGCGCUGAAGGUUUAUUUCGUCUGAUGAAGGACACCAGUAUAAGUGUGCUGGUGAUGGACGCUCGGAGCAGUCAUGACUUUGAGGAGUCGCAGAUGUGCGUCCCGUCACAGAUGUGUAUCAGUGUACCUGAAGAAGCCAUCACCCCGGGGGUGACGGUGAACCAGAUUGAGUUGAAGUUGCCUGCAGCAUCUCUAGCUGAGUGGAAGCGUCGAGCGUUUGUGGAUUACGUCGUUCUUUUGGACUGGUUUAGCGGCAUCUCUGACCUCAAACUGGGCACCACUUUACAGAGCUUAAAGGAUGCUCUCUACAAGUGGGACAGCAGUACCAUCCUGCGCAGCGAGCCACUGGUGCUGGAGGGCGGAUACGACAACUGGCUGCUCUUUUACCCCAUGUACACCAGCAACGCUAAAGUCAAACCUCCCAGACAGCAGGAGACCAGCGCACUACCACAAUUAAACUUAGUUUAUCCUUCGCUGGAGGAUCCCAAACCAGUGAGUUUGUAUCCAGAGCCCACAGCCCAGGCACAGCUCAAUGGCAGAACUUUGGACCAGGAACCUCCCGUAGAACCCACAGAAAACCUAAACGGACAAACGCCGCUCCACCAGACUGUUCCUCCUACCAGCACAGAUGUCACAUCACCACCCACUGCCUCACCCAGACACACUCCACAAGUCGAUCGCUCAAAAAAACCAGCAGUAAACCUGACGUCAAGAGUCAGCAACGAUACAACAGCGGCACACAACGGCCCAGUGAUGCCCAGCUCCUCAACCAAACCGAACCUGGACUCAUCCACAGUUCUGAGUGAGGAGGAACGCAAGGAGAUCCACGCAGAGACGGUCAUCCUGAUGGAGAAAGCUCGUAAAGAGCAGGAACAACGAAAGCGAGCUCAAGAGGAGAAAAGAGAGAGAGAACAGCGAGCUAGAGAAGAGAAAGAGCAGAGAGAGUCCGCCGAGAGACGUCAGAGAGAAGAGAGCGAAGAGAAACAGCAGGAGAGAAAGAAACUGGAAAGACAAAAGGCAGAAGAGGAGAACCAAGAAGAAAUUGAACGAGACCAGAAGGCCAAAAAGAAGGACGUCCCGCUGGACGCUCAGAUGAAGAGCAUGUCACUGGAUUUACCCGCACCGGUCAACACUGUAAGUGACAUGAAGAGGGAGCCUCUGACGCGAGCACGGAGCGAGGAGAUGGGCCGGACCGUACCCGGCUUGCCAGAUGGCUGGAUGAAGUUUCUUGACACGGUUACAGGCACCUACAGAUACUACCACUCUCCCACCAAUCGCGUGCAUCUCUAUCCUCCGGAGGUGAACACGCCUCAGGUACCGUCCAUCACGCCAACUGUGCCCAAAGCUGAGCCGACGCAACCCGCAGACACCGACAAAGACAAGGAAAGAGAUCAGUCCAAACUAAAGCGGUCGUACUCGUCUCCUGAUAUCAGCCAGGAACUGAACGCAGAGAGCAGCAGAAACUUACCUGCGGACAUACCCAAAAUAAACAGAGAAAACAAGCCUCAGACUGCUGCCGCAUAUAAGUUUGAAAUCACGCGUCCGUCUGCGGCAAAGAUUCGGAAUCUGAACCCGGUGUUUGGGGGUCAGGGGGCGUUAUUAACAGGCCUUCGUAACCUUGGAAACACCUGCUACAUGAACUCCAUCCUCCAGUGUCUGUGUAACACCGUAGCCAUGGCAGAUUAUUUCAACAAGAACUACUAUCAGGAAGACAUUAACCGGGCCAAUAUUCUGGGUCAUAAAGGGGAAGUGGCCGAUGAGUUCAGUGUGGUCAUGAAGGCUCUGUGGUCAGGACAAUAUAAAUGCAUCAGUCCUCAAGAUUUUAAAGGCACCGUCUGUAAAAUCAACAACAGAUUUUCCAGCUACGAGCAUCAAGAUUCCCAGGAGCUCCUUCUGUUCCUCAUGGACGGACUGCACGAGGAUCUAAACAAGGCGAAUAAACGCAGGGGUUAUAAGGAAGAGGAUAUCGAUCACCUGGACGACGUGAGCGCUGCAGAUCUGGCCUGGUCCAAACACAAGCUGCUGAACGAGUCCAUCAUCGUAGCUCUGUUUCAGGGUCAAUUUAAAUCUACAGUUCAGUGCAUGAGCUGCCAACACAAAUCUCGCACCUUCGAGACCUUCAUGUACCUCACGCUGGAGAUGACGGCCAGCAGCAAGUGCUCGCUACAGGAUUGUUUGAAACUCUUCUCGAAAGAGGAACGAUUGACCGACAGCAACCGCUUCUACUGCAGACGCUGUAAAACGCACCGCGACGCCAUCAAGAAAAUGCAGAUCUGGAAAGUUCCUCCGAUUUUACUCAUCCACUUGAAACGGUUCAAGUACGACGGCCGGUGGCGGGAAAAGCUACAGACGUUGGUGGAUUUCCCGCUGGAUAACCUGGACCUGUCGCAGUACGUGAUCGGACCCAAACCCAACCUGAAGAAAUACAGCCUGUACGCCGUGUCUAAUCAUUACGGCGGAUUGGACGGAGGUCAUUACACCGCAUACUGUAAGAACCCCAUCAAGCAGCGCUGGUUCAAGUUUGAUGAUCACGAGGUGUCUGAUAUCUCGCCCUCCUCUGUUCGCUCUGCGGCCGCCUACAUCUUCUUUUACUCAUCCCUGUGAUGAAACCAAUGGGUUAACCUGAGGUGACCGAUGCACAUUUGACAUAACACUGAGGUCAGAGGUCGAAGCCUUCACGUGAAGACUGAUGGAAACUUUGGCUGAAUGAACGUCUCUCUGUCUGUCUCUCUCUCUCUCUGUCAGCAGCAUUGUGUUGGACUUUAGCAGGGCUUUGACACACAGACUCAGGUCUCACAUUCAGAGCAUCUAUCUGCUAACGUCAUAAGAAGACAGAUGUUACUGAGAGAUUGUGUGUCCAUACACACACAUACAUAUAUAAAUACAUAUCUACACAUAUACACACUGUAUAAUCCAAUAGCUUAGGUGUGCACUUAGGAAGAUGAUUUAUUUAUUUAUAGUGACCAAAUGUUGCAGUAUGUGUAUCGGGUCUAAUUCCAGACCUAAAGGAGUUAAAUCAUCUUGGUGAUAAACAACUCAAUUUGUCUCCAUCAUCUUCAUACAAACCACGCUAGAGUCUCUGUCCCUGAACAAACACUCACAUUCACACGUACACGUUUAGAUGCAUUGAUGUGUGAUUUACAGACAUGCACCGGUGAUGACAUCAUACAGCGCAAUAACUAACAUGGGACUGUUACAAACCCUGAACGACUGCUGAUUUACAACAGUUGAUGAUAAAUUUCCCUGGAGUAUCAUUAGCACACAUCCCUCUGAAGGGACUUUUAUUAUAUAAUCCAAACUGAACUGUGAUUAUUUCUCUCUCUCUACUAAUAUUACUCAAAGUUAAAGCUGCUUUAUAUUAAGCUUGUAUUUUAAAUGACCAAACGUUAGCACAGUAUCACACUAUCCACUAACAUGAUCUUUUAUUUGUAGCAUGAUGUUUGGCAUGAGUCUGAUUGAUUUUCUCAUCUCAUUUCUUAUAUUAUGAUGUUCAUUCUUCAAAUCCAUUUAUUGGUCUAUAAACCCCUUAAAUCAUUACAAAUGUACUGCUUCAAUAAAAUACACAAACAGAUUCGUGCCUUGAGUCU